CCGGCGCUGCUUCCCUUUAAUUGCCACCACUAGCGCGGUGGGGGUGGCUGUGUCCCCACUGUACAGAUGAAGUGGCCGGCGGAGGCCCGAGCUGGGUUGCUUCGAGCGUGAGCCCCUGCACCCGGCCCAAAUCUUGCCCUUUGCAGGGCGGGGGGCGCUCCAGGCCCGCGCAGGGAGGCCCAGGGGGUGGAGUGCUGACAGGGCCUCCGCCUCGGUGCCCCACCCAGUGCCCAGCCUGCCCGGUGCCAGUUGCAAGGGAGCAGGGUGGAGUCUGUAAGGGCCUCGGUUUUUACCCCAGAGCAGGGCGAAAAUGAACUCUGUAGCUGAGUUUGCAUUUUACGUAGACAAGAGCAGGUGUGUCCGCCAACCUGCGGGAAAGGUGUUCAGGGAUACAGCGGUGAGCUAAACAAAACCCCCAGCGUCGGUGAUGCUUAUGCUUCAGAGGAGAGAGGCACGAGCAUGAAUCAGGUGCAUGGACUUUCGGUGUAAUGGAGACAAGAGCAGAGGAAAGCAGAAGGAAGCAGGCCCAGUUAUGUCGCCAGCGAGGAGAGCCGAAUCCUUGUUCUCACCGAGCUGCUGGAGAGGAAGGCCCACUCUCCAUUCUACCAGGAAGGCGUGAGCAAUGCCCUGCUGAAGAUGGCCGAGCUGGGCCUGACCCGCGCAGCCGACGUUCUCCUGCGCAGAGGGGCCAACCUCAACUUCGAAGACCCUGUCACUUACUACACGGCCCUGCACAUCGCCGUCCUGCGGAACCAGCCGGACAUGGUGGAGCUGCUGGUGCGCCACGGGGCCGACAUCAACCGGAGGGACCGGAUCCACGAGAGCAGCCCCCUGGACCUGGCCAGUGAGGAGCCCGAGCGCCUGCCCUGCCUGCAGCGCCUCCUGGACCUCGGAGCAGACGUCAACGCGGCUGACAAGCACGGAAAGACGGCGCUGCUCCACGCCUUGGCCAGCAGCGACGGGGUGCAGAUCUAUAACACGGAGAACAUCCGGCUGCUCCUGGAAGGAGGGGCAGAUGUCAAGGCCACCACCAAAGACGGGGACACCGUGUUCACCUGCAUCAUCUUCCUGCUUGGGGAGACCGUGGGAGGGGACAAAGAGGAGGCCCGGAUGAUCAGCCGCUUCUGCUUCCAAGUCACGCAGCUGCUGCUGGCCCACGGGGCCGACCCCAGCGAGUGCCCAGCGCACGAGUCCCUCACGCACAUCUGCCUCAAGGGCUUCAAACUGCACUUCCCUCUCCUGCGCUUCUUGCUGGAGUCCGGCGCGGCCUACAACUGUUCCCUGCACGGGGCGGCCUGCUGGUCUGGCUUCCACAUCGUCUUUGAGAGGCUCUGCUCCCACCCGGGCUGCGCUGAAGACGAGAGCCACGUGGACCUCCUGCGCAAAGCCGAGACCGUCCUGGAUCUCAUGGUGACUAAUUCCCAGAAACUUCAGCUGCCCGAAAACUUCGAUAUCCAUCCUGUGGGCAGCCUGGCAGAGAAGAUCCAGGCCCUUCAUUUCUCCUUGAGGCAGCUGGAGAGCUACCCUCCGUCCCUCAAGCACCUGUGUCGCGUCCACAUCCGGCUCCAUCUCCAGCCCUGGCCUGUGGAUGUGAAGGUCAAAGCCCUACCUCUGCCCGACAGGCUGAAGUGGUACCUCCUCAGUGAGCACAGCGGGACCGUCGAAGAGGACGUGUGACCACUCCCAGACCAAAGGGAGCGGGGUCUGGGCAGCUCGGCCUGCUGGUGGAUUUUGGUACCUGCGGCAGCCUCGGGAGAACCUUCCGGCCUUCGGUCAGAAGGUAGAAGUUGGGAGACAAGACUUGAUCCUUGAAGAAAACCAGGUGGAGCCCAGCGGCUGCAGUCAUUCCAGUGGGAAAAGGCUCUGUCUUCCAGGGGAACUGCCCCCCUUUUGUUUGGCAGAACCCCCAAGUCUCAGCCACGUUGGGAAAAGGGACCGGGUUUAGAUUUGGGACAAGCGUGCACCGUUUGUCUGCGGGGAGCAUCGGGCAGGGUAGCUCUGAGUCUCGGUCCUCUGAGAGCUGCAGGAGGCUGGUCUGUCUUGCAUGGGGCCCCGCUGAAGCCAGGAGGAGGUGGGGUGGGCCUGUGGGGGCACAACCCCCCGGAGGCCCUUCACUCCCACUUCUCUCCACGCUAGAUGAGGUCACUUACAGAAAUGCUCUCGGUGGGCUAGGGAGAAAGCUGAGCUGACCCUUGCCGCCUUUGGCCACUCUGGGGCCAGGUCACCUAGAGCCCAGCCCACCCAGGCACGGGACUGGAUUCCGGUGGCAACUCUGUGCCAAACCUGGGAUCUUGGGGGACCGUGCCUUCUGCUAAAAAGCAAUCCUGCAUGACCAGGGACAGUCCUUUCCAAAAUGUCUGUUUCGUGAGGGAUUCAUCUGAUGAUGAAAGCUACCAAUACUGCACGCUGACCGUACUGCCUACGCCGAGCCCUCACGAAGCCAGCUCUGUCACGUGGGUCCUUGUGAAUUGUGUGAAUGCCGGGAAAGCAAGCUGAGGCAACUACAGGAUACAUUAUAAAGUAAAAUAUUUCUCUUGGCCUUCAA